UCUUCCAAAAAAUAAGAAGGUUUGGAUUUUCCGUCGAAUAAACACCUGUGCUGGAAUUCAUUCGGCAUACCAAAAAUUGUUUUUACUACCAAUAUAAUGAUAUUCUAAAUAACCCCCAAGGCAUAGAAGAAAUAUGCUGUCAAAUUUUUAAGAGACUGGUUGAAAUCUUGCAGAAUUGUUCUUGGUGAUUUUUCCACGAAUUAAAAAUGAGGUAAGACAAAGUUGAUCAUAACCAGCUAAACAAACCAUUCAUAUCCCUGAAAGAGAAAAUCAUAUUCUGAAAAUGAAACAAAAUGAGAAGCAAAAAAAUAUGUUUUAUAAUUAUUCUAUUAGUUGUAUGCUCUCUGUUGUAUCUGAGUAAUCACUAUAUAAAAUCAGAAAAUGGUGCUCUAUAUUUUUCUUACCAUAACAAUGCACGGAAGUUAAUAAAAAUUCCAAGCAUCGUAGUACAUUCAACAAAAAAUCGAAGCGAAAAAUGUGCGAAAAUUUUUGCUAGCUGGAAAAUUUCUAUUCAAAGAAAUAACAAAUGGCAAAAACUUGAGCAAUAUUCUCUUUUUCUGUAUUCAGCCUACAAAGACAAUAGAUUACCAAAUAAUUAUUAUAUUCGAAUACUUGCAAUGUCCAAAGGCAAACUUGAGAAAAGAAUUUUCUGCAUGUUCUGGUUUCAAGAUUACAAAACUUCCGUAAUCGAAGCAGAAGUAGAUGAAUUAUGGGUUGCAUAUUGGGAUUAUGCAAAUCCUCGUGAAUAUUACAGGCCACUUCUGAUAUCUUGUGCAGUAAACGAACAUUCUACGCCAAUAGCUGUGUCAGUAAUUACAAAGCCAUGUGUUGAGCCAACCAAUGUUUUUUGGUUUAACUCAACGCACUCUGAUACCAAUCAAACCAGAGAUUUUGCAAUUUGUCUAAAACCGUUAAAUUUUCAAAAUGAUAUUUCCUCACGACUUUUAGAAUGGUUAGAACUGCAGUUCCUUCUUGGAGCAAGCAAUAUAACGAUUUACAUGUAUCAUCUGAAUCAAAGGACGUUCGAAAUGCUUCGGAUUUACGAAUCAUCGGGACGUAUCGCUAUUAUAAAUCACACUUUGCCAGAAAACAACUCAAAAAAUUUGUCAGAAUCAGAAAGUUCCUUGGAUAAAGCAAUUUGGCAGAAACGCCGCCAUGAGAUGUUGAUUUACAAUGAUUGCUUUUAUAGACACAUUCAAUCUCACAAAUUUGUAAUCAACUUAGAUUUAGACGAAGCGAUUAUUCCACUGAAACAUAAUUCAUGGAAAGAGCUUCUGGAAUUCAUAAAGAAUAAACAUCCAAAAGUUUUUCACUCAGCAUCUAUCUCAGUGCGUAAUGUUUAUUUCUUCGAAAAAUUUGGCGACGAAUCCAAUUCAUCAUUGCCGAAGUAUUUCCACAUGUUAAGACAUUUGAGAAGGUCAGUCAAUUUCACACCUCCAGGUUUCGCACAAAAAAGUUUCUUUCAAACCCAACAUGCUAUGAGUGUUUCUAACCAUUAUGCCCUGAAGUCAUUGUACCCUGGAAUGCGAACAAGCACAUUAAUAAGUGAAGACGUAGCACAGAUGCAUCAUUAUCGUGCCAGCUGUCCACCAAAGAUGGAAAAAGAAUGUAAAGAGAAUUACAUGAAAUUCCAAAAAAGAGAUCCAGCCAUCUUAAGAUUUAAAGACAAAUUAAUCAAAAGUGUAAUUAAACGAAUUAAGGAGCUAAAUUUUACUAUUGUGUCUGGCGAUGCCAUAUUGUAAUCUUUAAAAAAUCGAUUUCACAAGAAAAAAGCAAUUAAAUGAAACAUCUAUAAUAAUUCACAAUUAUUUUUUCUCUCACUUCAACAACAGAAUUUGUGGAACAUAAGUGUAGGGUCAAAAUGUCAUUUUUCUGUUUCCAUGGAACACGCCAAUACAGUAUUUGUACUAACGUAAACUUGUCUAAACUCUUCUACAAGAAAAAUGGCGUUUUCAAUGGCAAUCACUGAAACGGAUUAAGCUUUUUGGGAUCCUCAAGGCAGUACGAGUUAUAGGACCUCCUUUUCGCCUCACUACGUAUACCAGAUAUUUUUUUUAUUGAUUUUUAUAUAAAUAGUUUUAUGUAGCGAAUUCUAAUAAAUUGAUUAAUUACAGUCUCUUUAGAAAAAUUUGAUUUUAGUAUUUCGCAUAUAAAAAUAAAUUCAAGAUUUUAAUUUAAAAGCAUUUUUAAAAGAACUAGUGGGGGAAAAAAAACUUUUGAAUAUAAUCUAAAUGCUAUUUAAUUAUAGAAUAUAAUACUUUUAAUUAUAAAGCAAUAUAUUGUUUAAAAGUUUUAGAUAAUAAAAUUCAAAAUAAGUAAGACUAAUAGAUUAUGUUCUAACUUUUAAAUGAUACUUUAUUUUAAUUUGAAUGAGUUCUAGUGCACAGUCGUUAUAAAUUAAAUGAAAGCGUAAGAUUAAUAUGCUUUAAAACUAUUGCAAAAAAAUAAAAAAAAAAAUCUAUCAACAUUUGGGAACCCCUGAUUUUGCGAUGCCCCUAGGAAGUUACCUAUUUGAUAAUUGGCCCAAAACGGAAAAGAACAGAAAAAACAUAUAAGCACCAAAUGUCAAUCAAUUUAGUUCUGUUGUCUUUACGGUCCAAUUCGACGCAACACGAGAUAUUUUGGGACGAACUUCUCCAAUUGUAAAUCAAGAUAAAAUGACGAGUGCAACACUGAUUGGACUGAUGAUGUCAAUAAUUUCUAAUAACGUCAUCUUUUUUAAGUAAAAAAAGUUGGUAUCCUUUGAUUCUAAAAUAAAAUUUAUGACUUUUGAUCAAGAUAAUCAUCCUAUUUCAAAAUUAAGCACAGUUUGUUUCAGAAUU